AUGAAUGUAAGAUCUGAGUCUGGUAUGAUAGAUGGCGAGUGGCAGCAGUGCAUCGUGGACGACAAAUUAUAUCUGCGAGCAGCCGACUAUGACGAAUCGAUGGAUGAAAGACCAAUCUGGGAUGAUAUCAACCGCACCGAUACGGAAGAGGAAUAUCGGCGCGCCUGGCAGACAGGCUCUCGGGCCCUGUACUUUGCGCAAUGCGUGGAUGAGAAUGAGACCUGGCUGCCGCUUCUUGAGAAGGCGUUUGCAAAGGCCCACGGGGAUUACUCCGCCAUUGAGGGCGGGUUUGUCGGCGAAGCCAUUGAAGACCUGACGGGCGGAGUCACAUCGGAGAUUCUGCCGAGCAACAUCCUGGAUAAGGAGCGCUUCUGGAAUGAAGAGCUCAUGAAGGUCAAUAAGGAGUUUCUGUUUGGGUGUGGCACGGGCUUCUUUUCCAAUUGGUUGGAUCCCAAGUAUCGUGGUCCUCCGCGGGACCGAAAGGGUAUUGAGACGAAUCACUCUUAUUCGAUCAUGGAGGCACGAGAGGUAGAAGGGCAUCGUCUUCUUCGACUCAGGAACCCGUGGGGGAAGAAGGAAUGGCAUGGUGCAUGGGGUGAUGGAUCUGAGCAGUGGACGCCCGAGUGGAUGAAGCUGCUUGGUCACAAAUUUGGCAAUGACGGGUUCUUCUGGAUCUCCUAUAAUGACCUCCUCAAGAAAUAUCAGCACCUGGACCGUACCCGCCUGUUUGGGACAGAAUGGACUAUCACGCAGCAGUGGACCACCUUGAAUGUCCCAUGGUCUGCCGACUAUCAUAGCACAAAGUUCAGACUCGAUGUGACCACAGGUGGACCGGUGGUCAUCGUCCUAUCGCAGCUUGACUCGCGAUAUUUCAGGGGCCUUGCGGGCGAGUAUGAUUUCAUGCUGAAAUUCCGUCUUCAGCGAGACGGAGAAGAAGACUACAUGGUGCGCAGCCACAGUAGCCAAUUCAUGAGCCGGUCCGUCAACGCCGAGAUCGACCUCGAACCAGGCCGGUACCAUGUGCUCAUGAAAAUUACGGCGUUCCGACACGACGACCUCGAAUCGACAGAGGAGAUCCUUCGCCGCAUGGCAUCGACCCGGCGCGAAAAACUAGUGCAGAUCGGACUCUCGUAUGAUCUCGCGCACGCCAAGGGCCUGAUCGCUGAUACAGAGCAAGAAAAGCGGGACAACGCGGCCCGCAAAGCAGCCGAAAGAAAGAGACUAGCUGCUGAAACCAAGAAGCGGCUUCAGAAGGAGUGGAUUCGUGAGCAGAAGAUGGCUGCGCGUCAACAACGCAUGGCUGCCCGACGCUCUGGGCUUGCAGCAGCAGGAAGCGGAGGCCGUCUCGGCCGCAGUCCCGAGCGCAUGCCUGAGCAGAUUCUAAAUGAUGGCCCGGUUCAUCAAUCUCCUACGGAUGCUGCGAGCAUCUCGAGUGAUGGCAGUGACCGGCGGGUAUCAAUAACAGCCGGUGGGUCGGUCCCGACUAUCCAGCUCAAUGGCUCGCAUACUCGCCGCUAUGUGCGACGCAUGACAGAAACAUCUCCGCGGCCAAGUCUCGAUACUCGCUUUGCAAUGGAUGGACUGGAUCCCAGUGAUUUGGAGUUGUUGGAGGGGUUCGAGUUCGACACUGAUCUCGAUAUGCCGCCUGAAGGCAUAGCGUAUCCGAAGAGCCCGCGUCCAUCCCCAGGUCCGGAUCUAGACGAGAACGCGGCUGAUCCGUGGAACGCUGUGUGCGUCGUUGGCCUGCGAGUGUACUCGCAGGACCCGCAACUGAGCCUCGAGGUUAUACAUCCGUCGCCGGAGGAUGAUAUGGAGGCGCCUCUCGAUCGUGAUGAUCCUGCUGCUGCUUCGGCGACAACGGAGAAGCACUUGUGGAGUAGUCGCGUCACUGGGCGAAUGUGA